AUGACCAUGCCUCAAGAAACAGAUCCCCUCUUGGGGCCGGGACCAGGGCCAGGGUCAGAAUCAUCCCGGCCCCGUCUAUCCAAACACCUACGCACCGAAAUCGAUCCCGCACAUGGAGACCUGAUCCUACUAUUGUGCUACAUUAUCACCGGCCUCCUUGAUAGCUCGGCCGUGUUUAUCUGGGGUUCCUUUGUCAGCAUGCAAACAGGCAACACCGUUUACUUUGGACUGGGUCUUGUUGGCACUGAUGAUGAUCGUUGGAUCAAAUCUGGUGUCUCCAUUGCGGGAUUCUGUCUUGGCUCUAUGUGUUUCGCCGCCUUCCACCGAGCUUUCCCAGCCAGGCGAAGAUGGGUGCUCUGUGCGUCCUUCCUCGUACAGACCCUGUGUGUGUCCCUUGCUGCUCUCAUUGUUACCAUGUUUCGCCCAUCUCGUGAUGCGCCCUUGAGUUGGAUGGUUCUGGUUCCUCUCGCUUUGGUAGCGUUUCAAAGCAGUGGACAGGCGGUGGCGAGUCGUGUCUUGAACUUCAAUGGCUUGACUAGUGUUGUUUUGACUAGUAUUUAUUGCGAUUUGUUCUCCCAUCCAGAUUUCCUAUCCACGAAGGUGGUUGGCCAUGCCGAGGAAGUGCGCCGAUUGGGGGCUGUCCUGUGCUUGUUAUUGGGUGUGGUGUUGGGAGGUCUUUGGGCUCACAGCUCGGUCGGGUUGAUGGGAGCAUUGUGGACUGCAGCAAUGUUGAAAUCUUUCAUUGUUGGGGCGUGGCUGUGGUGGAAAGGGAAGAAUGAAGAUGAAUGA